AUGGCUAAACCCUUGGUGGAUUCAUGGGGGUCCAUUCCCAAGGUGGACAUGGCUAUUGCCAAGUUGUUCAAGCGCACUCUGGUUCCUGCAGACAAUGGGUUUGUCAAAACCAACCUUCUACAAGCUACCAGGCAGGCAAUCCUGGAGGCCUACAUUCAGGACUACAUCUGCAAGCGGGCUCUGGAGGAGGUCCCGGCAGGAGAACGGGGCCUAGGGAUCUAUUCACCAGUUUGUUUUGUUCCCAAAGCUUCAGGAGAUCUCCGGAUGAUUAUCGAUCUGAGGUUGGAUCGUCAACUGGCAGAAGUCGAACGUGAGCCUGUUGACUUCAUUGACCCCAGAAAGAAGAUCCCAGUUUCAGAACACGGCACAGUUCCUUUCCGUUCCCCGGCGAGUCCCAAUCCGGACUCUUAUGAAGAUGCUGGGGCUCAUAUCAGCAUCUGCGGAAGCAGUCCCUUGGGCUCUAUGGCACCUCCGUCCCUUACAAUCAGAGGUCCUUUCCAAAUGGACUGGCAGCCCUGCCGGGCUAAACUCCCUGUGCUCCCUGUCUUGGCGAACUCAGUAUUCCCUCAGAUGGUGGUGCCAUCUUUUAGACGGGAGGUCUAUGACCCAGCCAACCAUGAUCAUAUUGACUAUGGAUGCGUCCGAAGUAGGCUGGGGCGCUCACCUAGACGACACUCCAGUUCAUGGAACUUGGUCUCCUCAGGAGUGGUUUCUCUUAUCCAAUCUCCAAGAGAGUCAAGCAAACCGGUUAGCCCUCCUUCACUUCGUCCCUCAGAUCCCGGGCAAAGUGGUGAAAGUCCAGUCAGACAAUAUGACUGCAGUACUUUACAUCAACAAGCAGAGAGGCACAAGAUCACUUCCCCUCCUAGCAGAGAUCGGGGUGAUUCUGGAUUGGGCAUAGUCGAACCUUUCCCACUUAUCUGCGAUCCACAUUCGAGGCUCCCUCAAUAUGAUAGCGAAUUGGCUGAGCUGAAGAAGGAACAGUGUUGCUCGGAAACGCGUUUGGUACACAGCAAGGGCCAACAAGGAGCCAUCUCAUCAAAGAUAUACAAUAAGGAUUUACCGUUUACAACUCCGGUGCCUGUAACCUGCUCCAUGAGAGGAAUGGAUUUGAAAAGAGAGUCCGUCCAAGUUCUCUGUCCCCCAGGGUGCACCGAGCAGCAACUCUCUGUAUAUGGAGAUGUAAGCUAUGCAGGAAUAUCCAGCAUAUGUGGUGCAGCAAUUCACCGGGGGGUAAUAGCCAACAAUGGCGGACCAGUGUCACUACGUAGGCUUCCUGGACGACAAAAUUAUCUCGCAGUCUAUGCUAAUGGAGUGCAGUCCCAGCCACUCAGCAAAUGGUCUACCUCCUUCUCUGUAUCCAAACAUAAGACUCGAGGGAUGGAGGUCUCUGGAAAACCUGUAUCUACUAAGACAUCUGCUGCAUGUGAAAAUAGCAUAAAAAAGACUAAAACCCGACGCCAAAAGAAGACACCAGAGAAGUCAACUGGCAAUAAAGACUGCAAAGCAGAAAUCGCCUUUCUCUUAGAUGGCAGCAAUAACAUUGGACAGCGUCGCUUCAACCUACAAAAGAAUUUUGUGGCUAAAGUUGCCCUAACGCUAGGCAUUGGCACAGAUGGUCCUCAUGUAGGAGUUGUACAAGCCAGUGAGCUACCAAAGACAGAGUUCUUUUUGAAAAAUUUCACCUCAUCAAAGGAUGUUGUGUUUGCAGUAAAGGAAAUCAGCUUCAGAGGAGGAAACUCCAACAUAGGAAAGGCCGUGAAACACACUGCCCAAAGCUUCUUCUCUAACGCAAAUGGAGUGCGAAAAGGAAUCCCAAAAGUAAUGGUGGUGUUUAUAGAUGGUUGGCCCUCUGAUAACAUCGAAGAGGCGGGUAUAAUAGCCCGUGAAUAUGGCAUCAAUGUCUUCAUUGUGUCUGUGGCUCCUCCAUCUCCAGAAGAGCUUGGAAUGGUUCAGGAUGUGGCAUUUAUAGACAAGGCUGUCUGCAAGAACAACAGUUUUUUCUCCUUCCAUAUGCAAAACUGGUUUGGCACAGCAAAGUAUGCAAAGCCACUGGUCCAGAAGUUGUGUACACAUGAACAGCUUCUCUGCAGCAAGACCUGUUACAACUCUGUCAACAUUGCUUUCCUGAUUGAUGGCUCCAGUAGCGUAGGUGACCAAAAUUUCCGCCUUAUGUUGGAAUUUAUGAGUAACAUUGUACGUGCAUUUGAGGUCUCCGAUGUGGGGGCAAAAGUGGCUGCAGUACAGUUUACCUACGAUCAACGCCUAGAGUUUGGCCUGAAUGAUUACACCAACAAGGAUGAUGUGUUACGAGCCCUUUACAACAUCCGAUACAUGAGUGGAGGAACUGCUACUGGGGAUGCCAUCAGUUUUACUGUACGCAAUGUGUUCGAGCCAACCAAGGAUGGACACAACAAAAAUUUUCUGGUUAUUAUAACUGAUGGGCAGUCAUAUGAUGAUGUCAGGGGUCCGGCCAUCACAGCACACAGAGCAGGAGUAACAGUGUAUACUGUUGGUGUCGCAUGGGCUCCUUUAGAAGACCUAAAGGAUAUGGCAUCUGAACCCAAGAAUUCCCACACAUUCUUCACCAGAGAAUUCCCAGGGCUGGAGCAAAUUGUUCCCAGCAUUAUUCGUGGCAUCUGUAGAGAUUAUCUGGAUUCACAGAAGUGA